AUGGACGACCUGACCAUCCUCGCCCACGCCCAGCGGUUGCGCCGCCCCCGCUACUCGGCGCGCCCCUUCGCCCUCACCAUCCUCGCCAUAUCCCUCAUUUCGCUGCUGGCAUGGGCCCGGUCGCAAGCCCCAGCCGGGCGUGCUCUGCACACGAGGGGGGCCGUCUCGACCAAGGACGCCGAGUGUCGCCUCGUCCACCAUGCGCUGGACCAAUGCGACUUUGUGCGCGCAAACUGCCCCGAUGAGGAGGCUGGCGUCAUGUCCUACCUCGCCCUCUACUACUGCCGCCUCCCGCACGCGAAGCCCGUCGCUUUUGUCCUGCUGACGCUCUGGCUCGCCCUCCUCUUCAGCACCAUUGGCAUUGCCGCAAGCGACUUCUUCUGCAUCAACCUCAACACCAUAGCGCGCAUGCUGGGCAUGAGCGAGAGCCUGGCCGGCGUGACCCUGCUCGCCUUUGGCAACGGCAGCCCCGAUGUCUUCUCCACCUUUGCCGCCUUCCGCACCCACGCUGCCAGUCUGGCUGUCGGCGAGCUUAUCGGUGCUGCCUGCUUCAUCACCGCUGUCGUCUCGGGCUCCAUGGCCCUGAUCCGCCCCUUUCAGGUUGCGCGCAAAAGCUUUGUCCGUGACGUCGGCUUCUUUCUUGUUGCUGCUGCCUUUAGCAUGGGCUUCAUUGUCGACGGCAAACUCCACCUGUGGGAGUCCGUUAGCAUGGUGGCCUUCUACAUCUUCUACGUCGCCUUUGUUGUGGCCUGGCACUGGUGGCUCAACCUACGGAAAGCCCGACGCGCGCGAGCAGCCGCUGUUAGGAGCCACUACGUAACACCCGGCGGUGAAGAGGAGGAGUUUCCAGAGUACCACGACGACGAAAUCAGCGCUGCUUCUGCGGCCCCUGCGUACGGCGCCUCCGCUGACGACUUUUCCAUGCUCGAACGCGCAGGAGGCGACAAUACGAUACAUGACGAUGACAACGAGGAAGAACGUGAGCGCUGGAUGGGCGAGUUGACCAACAAUAUGCGCGUCAACCGCCCAAGCGUGUCGCGGCGCAACACCCAUACCCCGAUCCGACCCAGUUUAGUAGGAGCUUUGGAGUUCCGAGCCGUACUUUCCUCGCUGCAAAAGUCGCGCAACAUCCAGUCUAUGCCAAUCAGCCUGCGACGGUAUUCCGACGACCCUACCUACACUACUGCCCAGCAGCAAUCCUACAUCGGACAGGCUACAGGUCCAGCGACUCGGCCUCCAUUUGACCUGCCUUCUUCCGCCUCCAACAUCUCCACCUCACCCCACCUGAGCCGACCGAAUCUCGAGAUCCAGCAGAGUCUAGGCAACCGAGCGCGAGCUGUCUCCACCAAUGACAUUGACAAUGUUCAACUACAGCCAAGCACCCUGCAAGGACAAUGCGUGCCUGACAUAACAUUUGCGUCUGCCACUCCCAGCGAGCGCAACGGAUUGUUGGAAGCGCCGCCCUCACCAACUAUCUCGUUAUCUUCGCCAGUCUCCCGCUCUUCUAGAGCCCCGAGUCCUACGGCACCGAGAGAUAGGCUGCUUUCACCCAACAAUUUGGCGCCUCCAGGUGCCGAGGAUGGAGCGCCCCUUCGUGUAGUCCUGCCUUCGCCGAAUCUACGAUCAAGCCCGGCAUCAAACUCCGGCCAUAGCCGCGAACAGCCUAGUCUGAAGCUGGCCGUACCAGAUGCGACUUCCCCACCCAUACCAUUCCCGCCUUACACCGAUUACCCUUGGUCAGCACAGUCCACUUCCAGACCUCAGAGUCUACGUCCGCCUUCGCCAAGUGUGUCACUCGAAUCUACCUACUUCCCACGAGAUUCCUUUGGGCAGCUCGAACCAACAAAAGUUCCCACGUGGUGGCCCUCGGCACUCCUACCGACCCCGCAUAGUCUGGUUGCUACCCUCUUUCCCACUUUGACCAACUGGCGUGACAAGAACGUUUUCGAUAAGCUUUUGGGGCUAGUCGCAAGUCUGCCUGUAUUCCUGCUUACUAUAACGCUUCCGGUGGUCGAGCCGCAAAAAGACGAGAACGACGGAGGCCAUGCCCAGCUUUCCCUGGAUCUCGGUAUGCCACACGCAGCUACACCCGGUGAUGCAAGCAUAAGAUCGCAAACUCCCAGUGUAUCCCUUGUCUUGCCACGAGACGACCCCACCAUUUCGGGCCUGUCGAACUCGAAAUCAUCUACGAGCCUUCCUCGACAGCUGGACGGUGGAUCCUUCAGCACCACCACCAGCCAACCACCGCAAGUGUACAUAACAAGUUCCGACAACGUAGCGCAAUCGCCCGAGCAGCUCCCGGCAACCUCAACAUCCAUCGGGCCAGCGCAAUGGAACCGCUGGCUGGUGAUCGUCCAGAUCUUUACGGCGCCCUUUUUCUUGGUACUAGUCGUCUGGGUAAAUGUUGAACCCGACAACCCAGUUGUGUUGCUUCGCCACUCGCUUUACAGCAUGCUUGUCUCACUCUGCCUUCUUGUCUUCCUCCUCUUGACCACUGCCUCGAACCAAGCACCCAAUUGGCGGCCCGCGUUGUGCUUUCUUGGAUUUGCCGUUGCCAUUGCAUGGAUUAGCACUAUUGCCAACGAAGUUGUCGGUGUUUUGCGUACCUUGGGCGUUAUUCUCAACAUGUCCGACGCGAUUCUCGGCUUGACCAUCUUCGCAGUUGGCAAUUCGCUUGGUGAUCUUGUCGCCGACAUCACCGUUGCGCGGCUCGGGUUUCCUAUCAUGGCACUUUCAGCCUGCUUCGGUGGCCCAAUGCUUAAUAUCCUGCUCGGCGUAGGCCUCAGUGGAUGUUACAUGAUCAUCACCAAGGGCGAGCACCGCCAUGAGAAGCACCCAGACCAGUCGGUUCAUUUCAGACCUUACCACAUUGCCGUGAGUACCACCUUGGUCAUUUCCGGAGGCACUCUGCUCGUGACGCUAGCUGGACUUCUCCUUGCAGUGCCUUUGCGCAAGUGGCGAAUGGACAAGAGAAUUGGGUGGAGUCUAGUCGCGUUGUGGUUGGUUAGCACCACUCUUAAUGUAGCUGUAGAAGUUCUAGGUUACAGCAGCAACGUUAGCUAA